AUGAAGAAUCAAACGGCGCUGUUCCUCGGUUUUACGCCGCCGUUAGCAGCUUCAUCGGAGGACGCCAAGAAGGUUGUCGGUUACCCGAUACCAAAAGAAGCGAAAGAUAAUAAUAGUGACAACAACGUAGGAGUUGAUGAAGAAAUAUCAUUAUUAUUAUCCCAGAAGGAAAGUAGCGAAGGAGUGGUGAGUAAGAAGAAGGGGGAGAAAAAGGCACGGAUGCCUAGAUUUGCGUUUCAAACAAGAAGCCAAGUUGAUAUUCUGGACGAUGGAUAUCGGUGGAGAAAGUAUGGUCAAAAAGCUGUCAAGAACAACAAAUUCCCAAGGUUCUUCUCCCAGUAUUUAUAG